GUCAUUUCUAUGUUUUUUUAAGAUUUUCUACCUUAAUUCACUCUAAUUUUAAAGGAUGUGAUUAAUAUAGAUCUAAACGUUUAGAUCAUAAAAUAUAUAGUCAGUAUAUGUUAAUUUUAUAUUUCUAGAAAUAUUGCCUAGAUGUCGCUGCUUCAAGAAAUUGUGGUGUUUCUGUGCGGAUUUAUAUUGUCAUGGAGACUGGUGGCGGCUCAAGUGUUUCUACCGGGAGGAUGUCCCAAUGUUGAGGUGGUGACCGACUUCCGACCCUCCGAGUAUUUGGGCAAAUGGUAUGAAGCGGAGAGGUACUUCUUCAUCUUCGAGCUGGGCGGCAAGUGCGUCACCGCCACAUACACAGACCUAGGCAACGGCACUGUUGGCGUUUACAAUUCCAAUUACAAUACCAUCACUGGUAAGCAGUCAGGCAUAAAUGGAACUGCAACGCUGUCAGAUCCGUCAGUAGCCAAACUGGCGGUGCGCUUCCCAUCAGUACCUGGUAAUUUCGCCGCUCCCUACUGGGUCGUGGAUACAGACUACACCAGCUAUGCGCUCGUUUGGAGCUGCAACGACUUCCGCAUUCUACACACCGUUACUUCUUGGAUAUUGACGAGAGAACAGCGGCCUUCAAGUGACGUCUUAAAUAAAGCAUAUGCAGCCGCCACCAAAAACAAUAUCAGCAGAAAAUUCUUUAUGAAGACGAAUCAAGAUGACUGCGCUGCUGCAACUACGAGCAACAAUGUGAUAUAAUAGCAAUACGAUAUUUACGUUUAUCAAUAAAUCGAUAGUUCUAAAUACACUCUGAGUAAUUAAUAUUUUUGUAAUCCAUC